AUCUGGAGCGCCAAUUUCCCCUCCAUUUUUCAACUGACAAUACAUUUGUUCGAUAACAGCUUUAGUAAACAGAUGAUGAAACCCUCCUCAAAACUAAGUUAUCUUAUUUUUCAGAGAAGCGCAUUCUUUUAUGUGAUUCUAUGAACGCUAAUUCUUCUCAAGGACCGAUGUUUCGAGCUUUAAUGGUGUGAUUUUGGAAGAGAGAGGUCAAUGGAAAUAGAGGAGUUGAGGGCUAAGGCCUUAGCAUCCAUGGGCUAUUCACAGAACCCUAAUUCUAAGCCCAAAGAUGAGGGCAAGGAAGAAGGGGAGCUCUCUUCUGAGGAAACAGAAAUACCUGCUUCUGCUCCCCCCUCUACUUCUAUUCAGCAGAACAGGAACCAACUAACCGCAGUUUCUGGGACUGUCCCUGCAAAAGGUCUCCCAAGUUCUGUAAACGUACAAACUCGGACUGGCCGUGCUGCAAUAUCAAGUGGACGACGCUUUGUUGCUCCAGCAAAUAAACUGAGUGCAACUCAGAUAUCAGGCAGGCCUUUGUCGUUUAAUGAUGACAACAAUCUUGUGAUAAGAUUUACAGAUAGUGAGAGUGAAAGUGACCCUGAUGAGGAAACUCUGGAUAAAACUCAUGAGGCAAACAAUGGACCCCACUCAAAUGAUACGCCUCAAAACUCAGCUGCUUCCAAACAGGUUAGGUUGGCAACCGCACAGCAAAAUGUUCACAGUAAGGCAUCUAUAAUAAGGAAAAAGUUCUCUUUUAUCCGCAAACCUGGGUUGUGUAAGACUUCAGUACCUGCAACUAGUUGUGAAGGUCAUGUUGUUGAGCGAGAACUCCAAAUUCCAAGAGAAAAUGUGCCUCGUAAGGUUUCUACAAAGCAGAAAUCUGGAUCUUUUCAAGGUGUGGAAGUGCCGGAUAACAAUUUUGAGACUCUGCGGCAGCAGAUUGCAAUGAGGGAAAAUCAAGUGAUGCUUCAGCAUAAUUCCUUGUCCAAAGUGCGGGAAGUUCAUGAGAGGUUAGAUAAGAGACCACAAGUGGUCUUGAAAAAAGAUGGAUCUGAGGAUCCUCAGGUUUUCAUGAACAAGAAUCGUCCAAGAGACCUAGAUUCAAUGCAAUGGAAGGGAUCUACUAAAGAAAAUGUUCUACUCAUCAACAAUGCCUUGAAAGAAACAAAUGUUCAGGAAGGAAGGCAUAGUGGUCGAGUUCCAGUUCAAUUGGGAAGUGUCUUAGUUCCUGUGAAAGAUGCUCCUACGUCUUGCGUGUUGUCAUGUACUAAAACCAUAAACUGUUUGCCAAUAAAGAGGAAAAAUUGUGACUUCUCCAGGACAUGUGUGUCUGAGGAUUUCAGCCAGGCUGAAAAGAGAGCCCGGGCCAUGCUUCCAUCUGCACCUGUAAAUGGAGAUUUGAGGCAAAAAUUAAUGGUUUCACGUGCAGAGGAUGUACCUUUAUGCCAGCAUGUGAAUUAUGCUAUAAAUAAUUUCGGGUACCCUGUUUCUAGUAUGGCUCAAAGAAAAGGAUCACAUCUUCAUGGUCAACCAUCAAGUGUUGAUCGUGGUGCAGUCUUCUCAGAUGAAGCACUUGCCAACAUUCCUGAUGAACUUUCUGGAGGUGUAGCCCAUAUGCAAGAGAGCAAGGUGAAGAUUAGUGAGCAAGGUCCUGCCAUUCUAGAGAAGCAUGAAAAGGAAUCUCUUCCUCUCUGUUCAAGUCUUUUAAGCGAUAGGGAGCAACUCAAUCUUUCUGGGAACAAGAACUUGACUGUGCAAUCUUUAAUGAGGGAUGAAGAGCUGCUAGACAAAGAGUUAGAAGAUGCACAGGAGCACAGACGCAUGUGCGAGCUUCAAGAAAGAAAAGCUUUAAAAGCAUAUCGUGAAGCUCAAAGGAAUUUAGUUGAUGCUAACAGUAGAUGUUCUUCUCUGUAUAAGAGGAGGGAAACAAUAUCUUUACAACUUCAGGCGUAUUAUGUGACCGAAACGUGCAGUUUGUUAGAGCCCUCAAAAGGGUGUGGCGCAAGGAUAAAUGAGCAACUUUUGUCAAGCAAUCUUUCAAAUACCAAGUUGGACAACCUGGCUCCUGGAAGCUCUCUGAUGAAGGUUAAUUCUAAGGUUCCACAUCAGGGAGCCUCUGAAGAAAACCCUCAAUGUUUAGAUAAUCCUACUCCACAUUCUUACCAAUGUGGUCAAGAUUGUGAAAAUGAUACUUGUGCUGAGGUAGAUUUAAGUAAAUCUAAGUUGUUGCAUAAGAACAACAGUACUGCUGUUGGCGUCACAAGGCAUUUCAAUAUCUCUAAAACAUCCACCGACCAUGGGCAAAAAACUUCUCCUUUUGAGCAUGAAGCAAUGACAUCUGGUUUGCUCUGCCAGAGUAAAGAAGAAAGCCCACAUCAUGUGACUGGAGAACAAGAAACUCAGUCUCGCAUGGAAAGUUUCCUUUCCUGUUCACAUUCAAUGCAAGAUUCCAUAACUAUCGAGGCAUCAUUGAGAUCAAAAUUACUUGAACGUCGAGGGAUUAAAACAUCAGUUAAGGAUAUUGGGUUUGUUGAUGGCGGGGAGCAUACUUCAUGUAGUUUCACACAAGGAAACCAUGUCGAAAAUGAGAAAUCCCAUGGAAGUUUUGGGGCAUUACCUGUUGUACAAAACCAGUUAUUAACUAGUAUAGAGAAUCCUACACAAAGCAGUGAAGGUACCAAGAUGCAAUGUGAAAGACCUGGAUACAAUGUCUACCAGGUUGUUACCAAUGUUUCUGAUCAAUUGCAUCGUGGGAGAGAUUAUUCAUGUGGGGGUGAUGAUCCAGAUUACACCUGUUCCUCUGCUGAAAAAUCUGGCCAACAGUUCCUUGCCCCUCUUGCAUCUCCUGGUUUGAAGAUUUUAUUUAGUUAUGCAAAUGUCACACGACCUGAAGAUUAUAGAGGACCAAUUACUUGCAGUGAAGCUACAGGAAAUUGUGCAAUUCACAUUUUGCAUGACACGACCACUGCUAAUCCGUAUGAAAAUCCUCUGGGUGGUUUCAGUGCACAUGGCAUACAGAAUGGUGAGAACGGAACAUGUCUGAUAAAACUUGCCCCUGAUUUUCCUGACUAUGCAAUUGACCCCUUCUGGCCAUUUUGCAAAUUUGAGCUCCGAGGAAAAUGUAACGAUGAUGAAUGUCCAUGGCAGCAUGCCCGAGACUACUUAAAGAGAGAUUCAAUGCAACGUAAUGAUUCAACUAGUUCUGAAAUAAUUUCUUCAACAAUCGACAACAAUAGAUCCACAGAGCCCAAACUUUGUAACAAGGAACCCUUUAGAGGAGAAACUAUUCAUAUGGGUUCUCAAAACCAUUCUUUAUUGCAUCUUGGGGAUUUUAGAAAUUCAAAAGGACUGUCUUGGACCCUGCGCUGUGAUGCCUUGUCAAUUCCAGUAUAUCAAGUUGGUUCCAAUCUUAUAAAAGCAGACAUGCACCAGUGUGGAUCCAUGCUAGCUCAUUCUACUUGGAGAUACUGGCAAUUGGGUUUCUGCAGCUCAUUAUCUGUCCCCUUUGCACUAAGGAGAAAUCCAUUAUGGGGUAUAUCAUCCUUGGAUGAAGGAAGUGCUAAUGAUGAAGACUAUGCCAUUCGAGGCAGGCUCUCAAUGUAUAUUCGUACGCAAGAUGUUGUCAUGAAACAAGUCAUGCAAGGGUUGGGUGAUAUUGAACUGUCUUUGGAGCUAGCACUUGGUAUUUUCCAUGGGCAGGGCAAUAAAUUGCAACGAAGGAAAAAGGCUCUUUUUGUGAUAUCUCGGGCUCUUGAGGAAAAUCCUACGUGUGUGCCUCUAUGGAUUGUUUAUCUGCACUUGUACUACAAGAAGGAAAAGUCUAUUGGGAAGGAUGAUAUGUUUCUUCAAGCGGUCCGGCAUUGCAAAAGUUCUUAUGAGCUUUGGUUACUGUUCAUUAACAGCAGGCCACAAAUUCUUGAACAGAUCCAUGCUUACAAUACUGCGCUGUCAGCAUUGUGCCAUGCAUCAAAUUCUAAUGAGGAGGACAGUGCCAUAAGUGCCUGCAUUUUGGACUUAUUUCUAAGGAUGCUACAUUUAUCCUACAUGUCAGGGGACAUCAAAAGGGCCAUAUCCAUAGUAUUUGAACCUCUAUGUACUGAAACACACACAGAGGACACUAUUGAGUUAUCUCUAUCAUACAUUUCAUCAUGCCUGACAAUAUAUGAUAGAUGCAUCUUGUGGGUUUCUUCAGCUUACUUGGCAGUCUAUGGUAAACUUCCCGGAACCAUUGUAGAGAGGUUUGAGUUCAAGCAGGAACUGCCAUUUGGGUUAGAAUGGCCUUCUAUUGAAUUGGCAAAAGAAGAGAAACAUCGUGUUUUGGAGUUGAUGGAUGCAGCUGUAGAUGAUCUCCACUCAAUCAAAACAUCGCAGUCUCCACAAGAAUCUCUUGUUUCCACCCAUGCAUUGUGUGUUAGCCAUGUGAGGUGCAUGGCUGCUCUUGAAGGCUUGGACAUGGCCCUCCCUUUGGUAGAGAAAUACAAGAAAAUGUACCCAGCCUGCAUUGAACUUGUCCUAAUAUCAGCCCACCUUCAUAGAGACUGUCUAAGUAAUUAUGAUUUUGAAGCAUUUGAAGAAUCACUGAAUAACUGGCCAAAGGAGAGCCAUGGUGUUCAGCGCAUCUGGCACCAGUAUGCCAGUUAUGUCCUAGAAACCAAAGGGGUGGGUUUUGCAGAAAAAUUGAUGAAUCGCUGGUUUCAAUCCCAUGAUAGCUUGAAUGCUUGUGAGCAAGGAAUUUGUCCUGAUAGUCGUUCCUUUCACCCUACAUCAAACAAGUGCAUUUUUGGGUUGCUUAAUCUGGCUACAUACAAGCUCUUGAAAAAGGAUUGGGCCGAAGCUCAAGCAACAGUGGACAAAGCUUUGAAGUUAUCUUGUGGAGAGGACUUCAAACACUGUUUGAAAGAGCAUGCCUCAUUGAACAAUCAUGGGAAGCCUAAUGAUGAGAUCCUUGGCCUUCUAUCAAGGUAUUUGAGGGAUGCACGAGUUCUCCCAGUUCCCGAGCCCCUAUCAAGGGGCUUCCUGGUAAAUACUAGAAGGCCCAGGCUUCGACAGGUAAUUAAAAAUAUACUGGGUCCGGUUCCCCCUGACUUUUCAUUACUUAAUUCCAUUCUUGAAGUAUGGUAUGGGCCAUCACUCUUACCUGAAUCACUUGGAAUGAAGGGUUUAGUUGAUUUCGUGGAAGUUCUAAUGGAUAUUGUGCCUUCUAACUAUAAGCUUGCUCUCAUGGUGUGUAAGUUUGUAUCUCGGAGCUACAACCCAGUUGAUGUUGCCUCGACUUCUGCUAUGUUUUGGGCUUGCUCUACUCUGGUCAACUCCUUAGUCCCAGCUUGUCCUUUGGCCACAGAGAGAUCAUGGGUAGAAACUGCAGAGCUUUUGGGUGUUUUGGAAAUGGAGAGCCUUUCUGAGAGGUUUCAUAGGUUGGCCAUCUCUGUUUAUCCUUUUUCUCUCACCUUGUGGAAAUCUUACUUAACCCUGUGCAAGACUGCUGCUAUUGGAAAUGCUGAUGCCAUCAUAGAAGCAGCAAAAGAAAGAGGCAUAACAUUAACCAAUGAUAUUAUACUUGGGAUCUAAUUGCAUUUCUGAUUGGAUAGUUACAGAAUGAGUCUGUAGUUUUGUAAAUAUAAAAUGAUGAUGUGGUUCUAUCCGAUGAAGCAUAUUCCACCACUUUUGGAAGCAUAGAAUGAUUACACUGGUCCAUGGUUCCCUUUUCUCUCCCUCUUAGUGUUUGAAUGGGAAGAUAGUUUUUGUGGGGCCUCGGCCUGAUCAUGUAGGGUUUUAUGUAAAGACUCAACUGAAAGGCUAUCAAUUCACUGACUGAUUGGUUAGUGGGCCUGUUCUUUCUUGCUAUGUAAUUACAUAUCUUCAAGAGCUGAUUUGUGCAGUGUUUUUUGUAUACUCCUUGCCAUUCUAUGUAGAGUUUUGGAAGAGCUCCCUGAAUAAAGUCAGAGGGAUUGUUAACCCUCUCUUGAAAUCAAA